GCUAGUGACGCUAGAUUAAUUUGAGUUCUUUAGAACUUUUUUAUUAAACAAUUUAUCACAGCUAUUAAAAAUGUAAGGUUUGAAAUACAUUUAAGUUUUAUUUGAAUUCAAACAUGCAGAAUUUUUUCCCUCUCACACAGUUUAUUUCCUAAACAUCAUACUUUAAGUUUCUGGUGUCGGAUUUUCAGUAGCAGGUCUAGAUCGCGCGAAAUUUGGAUUUAAUCGAUUUUAAAGUUUUUUGUUUAUUGUUGUCAUAGUGACAUCGACUUUACUAAAAACUGCAUUUUCGCAAACUUUAAUUCAUAGUCAAUCACUGGUGGAAAUUUUGUGGCGAUCGAACGAGGAUAAAAUCACUUUUAAGGCGAUUGAAAAACAUCGGUAUGGUCUCUGAGAAACUGCAUCGAAACAUCUUAAAGAGUGAAUACUGCUAUUCGGGGAGUGAGGAAAAAAGCGUUGAGAAACUUGGUAAGAUUUCCGAAGAACUGAUCAUUUUUGAGUUUUUGGGAAUACUAGAGUAGCAGUAUAGCUCGCGAUAAAAGGGUCUAGUGGAAAGGUGAUUUGUUCGGCAUGCGGAUAUAUGAUAUACCUAGUCUUGAAUGGUGCCUCUCUUGGAUGGUUUAUUAACCAGAUUUUUUAUUCCUAUUAUAAAUGUUUUAUAGGUACGGAAACAGAUUUCUUUGCCGGACUUCGAGGCUGUCGAUGUUUGGAAAAUCAUUAUCGAACCAAUAUGUUUAAAGAAUGCAAAAAAUGCGAAGUAGGAUUGGAAUGCAAGGAUGAUUACGCAACCUUGAAACCCGGUUAUUGGUGGAGUUGGAGGAUCGAGUCCUAUAAAGAUCAUUACCGACAUUUCAUAAAAAAUCUUUUGACAUCUACACCAGCAUUAGGAAAAACUGAUAUACAAUAUCCUCACCCAAUAUCCACGCCAUACAGAUGUCCACUAGAAGAAUCCUGUGAAGGUGGCUUAGAUUCUCGUUGCAAGAUUGGUUACGAAGGCCCACUUUGUAGUGUCUGCAGUUCACGGUAUUAUAAACAGUUCCAUUCAUGCAAGAGAUGUCCAUCCAAGACUUGGAUAGCUGGGCAGUUGUGUAUCAUUGUUACGAUUAUUUUGAUAAUCGUUGCAUUUUCUGCGUGGUCAAAAAAGGUGAAAAACGGGGGAAAAGAAGGAAAGCACUCAUUAACAGACACGUUUUUAUCCAAGAUCAAGAUCGUUAUUGGCUUUUAUCAGGUCACCAACGGUUUGCUAGAGGCACUCUCUUACAUAUCAUGGCCGGAUUCUCUUCAGAUGAUUGGCAAGUAUUCAGCCAUUCUGCAGCUGGACGUUCUCCAAAUAGCGCCAGUUAGCUGUCUUUCUGAUGGAUUGCAUGUUGACGCUUUUGGAAACCUUCUCGCGAUUAUGACAAUAAACGCUUGUUUGAUCGGAUUUGCUUGGAUAAUUUACCUUUCCAGUAAAGCUAUCAUUUCGAAAAAUCGUUGUUUAGAAAAAGAGGAAAUGUAUCACAAAAUUUCAGAACUAAAGGAAAAAGUUUAUAGAAACUUGUUUUUUGCCCUGUACGUGACAUACCUGAGCACAUGCUCCAAAGCAACCUCCUUCCUGCCAAUUGCUUGCUGGAAAUUAUGUCAGGAUAAAGAAGACGAGAACUGUUCUGAGUAUCUGAGAGCAGAUUACAGCGUAAAGUGCGAUGAUUCAAGGUAUAACAACCUAGUAAUUAUUGCCUACCUUUCAGUUGCCUAUAUCAUCUCAUUACCAGUUGCGAGUUUUAUCUCUCUUUGGAGAUGUCGAAGAAGCGAAAACUCCGCAAACCAAAAGACAUUUGAGGGCCGCGACACGGAAUUGGUUACAGGGCUGAGCUUUCUCUUCGAAGAUUACAAAGACCGUUCCUGGUAUUGGGAAAUGGUUGAGAUGUCUCGCAAAAUUAUCGUUACAUCGGGUCUUGUCAUGGUGGGAAGUGAAACAAGGUCCUAUGUUGGCUUGACCUGGGUCAUUGGAGGAAUGUAUGGGGUACUUUUUUCCUGGGUCAAGCCCAUCCAAGAUGAUUCUCAGAACAGAUUGAUGACAGCAUCUCUUGCAGUGACUGUUGUUAACUUGGGAAUUGGAGCUGUGAGUAGGAUUCCCGCUGAGAACCUACCUGCUUCAGACAAUACCUACAUGAACAGUGUGGCUUUCGAUAUAUUGAUUCUCGGAGCAAAUACUCUCGUUAUGGGACUUUUGAUUGGUAAGUUGAUUUUUUAA